AGCCCAGCCAGGAGGGAGCCGCAGCGCCGGGGCUGGUACAUCCGCGGCGAGCUUGGGGAGAGCGCCGAGCCGAGCCGAGCCGAGCGGGGCGGGGCGGCCCGGCUGAGAGCGGGGAGCUCAGGUUCGCCUGGCCGGCUCCAAGCGCGGCGAGGCGAGCGGGAGGCCGGCACUCGCGGGGCAGGGAGCUCGCCGGGAGCCGCGGCCAUGGCUCUGCCCGCGGGGCUCUGGGCAGCCUGGAUCCAGCUGGUGCUGAGCGCUGGAGCCGCCAGCCAGGCGCUGGGCAUGGUGGGGACAUCUGUGUCCGAACCCCAGGUGGCCGUGUUCUGUGGGAAGCUGACCAUGCAUCGAAACCUGCAGACAGGCAGGUGGGACCCCGAUGCUGCUGGUGCCCGCAGCUGCUUCCGCAGCCGCCAGGAGAUUCUCGCCUACUGCCAGGAGGUGUACCCUGAGCUGCAGAUCACCAAUGCAGUGGAAGGCACCCAGCCAGUCACCAUUGACAACUGGUGCAAGAAAGGACGUCCCCAGUGCAAGGGACAUCGGCACAUUGUGGUCCCCUACAGGUGCCUGGUGGGUGAGUUUGUCAGUGAAGCUCUUCUUGUGCCUGACACCUGCAAGUUCCUGCACCAGGAGAAGAUGGACUCAUGUGAGAGCUACAUCUACUGGCACGGCGUGGCCAAGGAGGCCUGCAGCAGUGAGGGGCUGGAGCUGCACAGCUAUGGGAUGCUGCUGCCCUGUGGGGCUGACCGCUUCCGGGGCGUGGAGUACGUGUGCUGUCCCUCACGCCCCCUCCCUCUCCAGCUGGAGGAGCCCACCCCAGGCCCCCGCAACAUGGCCCAUCUGAAGGAAGAGCCCAAGCGCAGUGAGAGGCUCCCAACGGGCCGGGCCCCCACAGAAGAGGAGACGCUGGAGGCAGAGGGGGAUGGGGAGGAGGAUGUUGAGGAGGAGGAAGAGAACCAAGGCCCCAGGGACAGCGCAGCUGACACCGACCCUUUCCCCGCCACCUGGGAUGACUAUUUUGUGGAGCCCGGUUACUACGAUGACAGCAUAACCCCGACCACCAUCACCACCACCAUGCGGAGCACCGAGGAGGAGAACAAAGCCACUCCUACCCCACGCCCCACAGAUGGCGUGGAUAUCUAUUUUGAGAUGCCAGGUGAUGGGAGUGAACAUGCUAACUUCCUGCGAGCCAAGAUGGACCUAGAGGAGCGCAGGAUGAAACAAAUUAAUGAGGUGAUGAAGGAGUGGGCCGAGGCGGACAACCAGGCCAAGGAGCUGCCCAAGGCUGACCGGCAGGCGCUGAAUGAGCAUUUCCAGUCCAUCCUGCAGACGCUGGAGGAGCAGGUGGCGGGCGAGAGGCAGCGGCUGGUGGAGACACACCUGGCCCGGGUGGUGGCCCUGCUGAACGACAAUCGGCGCGUGGCACUGGAGAGCUACCUGAGCGCUGUGCAGAGCGACAGCCCACAGCCAGAGCGGGUGCUGCAGGCGCUGAGGCGGUACGUGCGGGCGGAGCAGAAGGACCAGCGGCACACGCUGCGGCACUACCAGCAUGUCUGCGCCGUCGACCCCGAGAAGGCCGAGCAGAUGAAGUUCCAGGUGUACACCCACCUGCACGUCAUCGAGGAGCGCAUGAACCAGAGCCUGGCCCUGCUCUACAAGAACCCUCGGCUCUCCACGGGACUGCGGGACCAGAUACAGGAGCUGCUGCGGGCAGAGCGGGCAGGGACCAGCAGCCUGCUCACAACAUCCAUCUCCGAGACACACACCACCGAGGAGUUCCUGCCACUGGACAGCAGUGAGGACCUGAACCCUGAGGACCAUCCUGACCACCUGGGAGCCGGGGACCUCUUCCAGGGGGAAGACUCCCAGCCAGUCGAGAAGAAAGCCUCGGGGAUGGUGGCGGAGUAUGACUACCUCACCAGCGAGAAGACCCCAUUGGGCGAGGAUGAGCAGAGGGUAAACAUUUCCAUGGGGGACAUCAAGGAAGUGGUGUACAAGUCCCCGGAGAUCCAGCGCGACGAGCUGGAGCCGGACACCCUGGUAACCAUUAACAGGGGUGCCCUGAUUGGCCUGCUGGUGGUGGCAGUGGCAGUCGCCAUGGUGAUCAUCAUCAGUCUCUUGAUGGUUCGCCGGAAGCCCUAUGGGACCAUCAGCCACGGCAUUGUCGAGGUGGACCCCAUGGUGAGCCCCGAGGAGCGGCAGCUCAGCAAGAUGCAGAACCACGGCUACGAGAACCCCACCUACAAAUUCUUCGAGGAGAUGCACUGAGAGGCUGACUGCACCAUGGGCGGGAGGGGCAGUGGGGGGGACACAGCGUGAAGCAUUCACAAACCCUCCCCCAACACUGACAGGAGAGGAUUAAAUCCGCUUCCCCCCCCCAUGCCUUCCCGUCCCAUCUCCCCUUUGCCCACUGCCCCCCACAAUGCUACCCACCCCCACAGUGUGUCUCCCUCCAGUGUUUUCCCAGCCCCUGACAACCCUACCCCUAGUGCUUCCCACAGCCCCUUUCCCCCUCCCCCGCCCUGGUUUCUAAACAAUCCACUCAACCCACAUGGAAUCAUGUCCCUACAACGAGGAGAGCUUUGGGUGGGCUGUGAGGGUCGAUCCCAUCAACUGGGCUGUUCAGGGAGGUGUUUUUUCUAGGUGUUUCUAAUGUGUGUGCGUGCACACAGCACCCCAGCUACACACAGCACCCUAUCAACGUUCACCCACUCCCACGGGCAACGCUGAGCCCUAUGCUCACACAGCGCAGACAUGGCACCAUAACCUACAGCCAACCCUGCACACAGCAACACUUGCAUCCAAAUCCAUGUGCUGUUAGCUCACCACCUGGCUGUUAGGUACACCCAUAUUAUGCCCCCCCCUUCACUAGCUGUACUUAGUAUCAGAGGAGUAGCCAUCUUAGCGUGUAUCCACAGAAACGAGGAGGCCAGUGGCACCUUAAAGACUAAUACAUGGAUUUAGGCAUAAAGUUUUGUGGGUAAAAAACCUCUUCUUCAGAUGCAUGGAGUGAAAUGCCUGUAUGUGUAAUUUUCACUCCAUGUAUCUGAAGAAGUGUUUUUUUACCCAUGCAAGCUUAUGCCCAAAUAACUGUUAGUGUUUAAGGUGCCCCCAGACUCCUCCUUGUUUUAGUUGUACUUUAAUUUAUUUCAAAGCUGGAUGGGGGUUGGAUGGACAUACACAGAGCAGGGCUCAUCCCCUCCAGUAGGGGGUGGCAGGGACACACACACCCCGCUCCCCAAAUCCCCCACUACUAUAUUCAGCUGCACUUUAAUGGGGAGUCAGAGAGGGGUGGAUAAACCCAUCAUUCUCAACUCCACCGUGGGGAGGGCUUCACGGGGCCAGUCCAUUCAGUUGGUGGGAUAUGAACUGCCUGUGGGGCGGGGUGGUGGUUGGGGGGGAAGUGGGAUGGGGGAAUGGGAUAGGGUAAAUCCACCUCCCAUGACUGGAGAGCACGGUGCCUGGAGGAGGCAGGACCAGACAGCGGCGCCCUGGGUCUCCAGAGCCUACACUUGCCCCCUUCCCUGCCAAUUUGUAUGAACACGUGUGUUCAAUCUAACUCCACACACGUAAACUCCCCAACUCAGUAGAACGGCGGAAACAGGAUAUACCAUCUUACUCCCUGCAGGGAGGGGCGGCAUUGGGGAUAUACCAUCUACCCUCUGGAGUGGUGGGGGGAACAGUUAGGAUAUCUCAUCGUGCCUGCUGCGGGUGGGGGGUAUUUGGGAUAUACCAUCUUGUCGCUUGCCAUUGGGGGUGGGAGUGUAUUUGGGACAUACCAUCUUACUCCCUGCAGGGGGGUAGAUGGAGGGGUUAACGAAAUAAAAAAUGAGGGUAAUUUAUUUUCUCUGCGUAAAAUUCCGUGCACACUGGGUUUCGUCCUUUGUUCCCUCUGCGUUUCGUACCAGUAACGGAGCGCCCAUGGUCCCGAGGUCUGGGGGAUUCGCCUUUGCUCUGGGGCUGGGUUUUAUUGUUGGGAGGAGUCUGAGAGGAUGUACCACCUGCCGCAUUUAGGGGGUAUUCGGGAUAUACCAUAGUGUCACCUGUAGAAGGCACAGAUUGAUACAGGCGGGAGCUAUCAUUUUACACCUGUUUCAGAGGAGCAGCCCUGUUAGUCUGUAUCCGCAAAAAGAACAGGAGGACUUGUGGCACCUUAGAGACUAACACAUUUAUUUGAGCGUGAGCUUUCGUGAAAGGUUAUGCUCACAUAAAUGUGUUAGUCUCUAAGGUGCCACAUUUUACACUUGCCGUGGGAUAUACUAUCUUGCCCCUGGAGCGGGGGGUUGCAUUGGGGAUUUACCAUCUUAUCCCCUGGAGCAGGGGGUGUUGCAGGAGCUGCAUCAACUUCAUCGCUGGGAGGAGGGAGAUUGCAGUGGCGCUGGCACUUCCCACCUGCGCUCCUUGGGGGAGGGGGGGGCAAACCAACGACCAUGGGGACUUAUCCCUCUCCCCACGAGUGGCACCCCAGGGGGAGGGGUCCCCUUGAUCAUUCCACCCCUUAUAUAGCCCCCCCAGCUGUUGGCGUGCCCCUAUUUCGUAUG